CAAACUGCAGAGCUGAGGUUGUACGUCUAUGAAAAAUCAUGCUUUUGUUCUUUGCAACAAUAGAUGGCAGCAUAGAGUAGCUUUAGUUUCUGCAAGACAGCGAUGACAACUGAAAAGCCCCUAAAGAAUGUGUCACGCUGCCGGUGGAGAUCAGUGGUCACUGUAAGGGACAAACGGAUCCAGAACAUGAGCACCGAAACUUUGACUCGCUCAGAUGUGUUUGGACAGUUCAGACGGGAGCUCUAUGGAGAGAAACGGUCCAGUUACUCCAACGCGCACAUAUUCAUCAUCCUGGGAGCAUCAGGAGAUCUUGCUAAAAAGAAGAUCUAUCCAACUUUAUGGUGGCUGUUCCGAGAUGGCCUUCUCCCUGAUGACACGUACAUUGUGGGGUUUGCCCGGUCCAACCUGACUGUGGAGAACAUUAAAGAAACAUGUCUGCCUUACAUGAAGGUUACAGAUGAAGAGAGAGAGAUGCUCUCAACCUUCAUCAGUAAAAUCUCCUAUCUGAGUGGCUGGUAUGAUGACAUCAGCUCCUUUAAACGACUCAACAAACACCUGUCAUCGUUGCCUGGGGGAGCAAAUGCCAACCGGCUCUUCUACCUGGCGCUGCCCCCCACUGUCUACCACCAAGUCAGCACAAACAUCAGAAACCACUGCAUGGACUGCAACAAAGGUUGGAACAGGCUAAUAUUUGAGAAGCCAUUUGGGCGCGACCUCCAGAGCUCACAGGAGCUGUCGGGUCACCUGUCCUCCCUGUUCAAAGAGGACCAGAUCUACCGCAUAGAUCACUACCUAGGGAAGGAGAUGGUUCAGAACCUCAUGGUGCUCAGAUUUGGGAAUCGGAUUUUUGGACCCAUCUGGAACAGAAACAGUGUGGCCUGUGUGGUCCUCGCCUUUAAGGAGCCCUUUGGCACUCAGGGCCGUGGAGGAUACUUUGAUGAUUUUGGUAUAAUUAGAGAUGUCAUGCAGAACCAUCUGCUGCAGAUGCUCUGUCUGGUUGCAAUGGAGAACCCUGCCUCCACCCAUCCAGAUGACGUGAGGAAUGAAAAGGUGAAGGUGUUGAAGUGUGUAGCUCCUGUUACGUUGUCAGACGUGGUGUUGGGUCAGUACGUUGGAGAUCCAGAGGGGGAGGGCCACUUCAAGCAGGGAUACCUCAAUGAUCCUACCGUACCUGAAGGCUCCUGCACACCAACCUUUGCCACCGCGGUGCUCUAUGUUCAGAAUGAAAGAUGGGAUGGAGUUCCCUUCAUUUUGCGCUGUGGUAAAGCUCUGAAUGAGCAGAAAGCGGAAGUGCGUCUGCAAUUCACGGAUGUGCCAGGAGACAUCUUUGACGGAAGCUGUCAGAGGAAUGAGCUGGUGGUGCGGGUGCAGCCAGAUGAAGCCAUUUACCUGAAAAUGAUGACCAAGAGGCCUGGAGGUCACUUCAGCCCAGAGGAGACUGAGCUGGAUCUCACCUACAGGAGCAGAUACAAGGACAUGAAGCUCCCAGAUGCUUACGAGAGACUCCUACUGGAUGUCUUCUGUGGAAAUCAGAUGCACUUUGUUCGCAGCGACGAGCUGCGGGAGGCCUGGAGGAUUUUCACCCCGCUGCUCCACCAAAUAGAAGCAGAAAAGAUAAACCCGGUUCCCUACACAUUUGGAAGUCGUGGCCCGAGUGAAGCUGAUGAUCUAAUGAAAAGGGUGGGAUUUCGCUAUGAGGGAACGUACAAGUGGGUGCAGCCCCACACAGCCUAAUGCUCAAUGUCACACACACACACACACACACACACACACACACACACACACACACACACACACACAGAUGGAAAUUUUUGUCUGAAAAAUUACAAUGAAUAAAGUUUACUGCAGUCA